AUGGGUAAUAUUAACAAUAAACUAGUUUUAACACCUAAUGAUUGGAUCAAAAGAAUUGAAAGAUUUUAUGUGUUUGACGACGAUUUGGGGGUUAAUAUGUUUUUUGUGACUAACGAUGAUAGGGUCUAUGGAUUGGGUGCUAAUCUCUGGGGAUCACUGGGUUUGGGACACAACCAGUGGGUGAGUGAACCACAAGAGAUCAUUGAAUUGAGACAUAAAAAGAUAAUUGAUUUCAUAAAUGGAGACGAAUUCAUAGUUUGUGUGUCGAGUGAUAACUGUCUGUAUAGUUGUGGUUAUAAUAAAUGGGGACAAUUGGGUCAGAAAAGUAAUGAUAAGAAAUAUAAGACACCAAUGAUUAUACAAAUCAAUGCAAAUAAUGAUUUAAUACGUGUUGUGAGUUGUGGUUCAAAUCACACAUUAGUUGUAACACAAAAUAAUAAUGAAGUGUAUGGUUGGGGUAGUAAUCAUUUCGGACAAAUCGGUAGCCGAGACACCAUUUGUGAUGCCAUUAUUACACCCGAAAAGAUUGAAUUCAAUGGUAAUUAUUUGAUAAAAUCUGUUCACUGUUUUGCUAACUCAUCGUUUGCACUGACAAGUGAUGGACAAGUGUUUAGUUGGGGUCGAAAUCGUUGCAAUCGAUUGGGACUUAAUUGCAAUGAUUUCAUAUUAUUUAGACCACAAUUGAUAUGCAAUUUGAAUGGCAUUACAUCAAUACAAUCGGGUUUAGAAAAAAGAUUAACAAACGAUAUUUAUUUAAAAGAAAUUGAAAAAGUGACUAAAAUAACGGCACAAUAUUUAGUCAAUGUAUUUGGAGUUUGGGGUUAUAAUGAUUGUAUAUAUAUUAGAAUGGAGUAUUGCUUAAUGAGUCUGAAAGAUGGCAUCAAAUUGAAAGCACACGUAUUUAACAGAAAACAAUAA